GCGGUACCGGCGGUCCCGGGACGGUACCGGGGGUUCCCUGGGUUGGGGGUGGUCCCUGGAGCGGGCCGGUACCGGAGCGGUCUCCGGACGGUAGCGAGGGUCCCUCACAACCCGGCGUGUUCCGUCCCGGCAGAAGAGAGGCUCCUACAUGGACGAGCCCCACGACUCGCAGGAGGCACCGGAGCCGCUGUCGGGAUCUUCUGUGACGGUGCCGGUACCGGAGCUCCCUGAGGAUGGGGACGAUGCCGACACGGCCGAGCUCCUGGCGGGGCACCGGCAGCCGCGGGGCUUUUGGACCUUCGAGUAUUACCAGGCUUUUUUCGACGUGGACACGCGGCAGGUGCUGGAGCGCAUCAAGGCCUCGGUGCUGCCGGUACCGGGCAAGAACUUCGUGCGGCACCGGCUGCGCAACAACCCCGAUCUGUACGGCCCUUUCUGGAUCUGUGCCACCCUGGCCCUGGCCCUGGCCAUCAGUGGGGAUCUGUCCCAGCUCGGUUCGGCCCGGGUGGGCUCCGGGCACCGGUACCGGCCCCACUUCCACCACGUGCCCGUGGCUCUGACCCUGGUGUUCGGCUACGCGGGGCUGGUGCCGCUGGCCCUUUGGGGGGGUCUGCGCUGGGCCCGGGGGGGCUCGGGGGGCUCCUUCAGCCUCCUGGAGACCCUCUGUGCCUACGGCUACUCCCUGGCAGCCCUGGUGCCCGCUGCUGUGCUGUGGGCAGCCCCACUGUCCUGGCUGCGCUGGGCAGUGCUGGCCCUGGGUUAUUGAUUUUGGGGUGAAUUUUGAGGUGAUUUUGGGAUGUUUUUGGGGCGUCUCCAGGUGCUGUGGGCAGCCCCACUGUCCUGGCUGCGCUGGGCAGUGCUGGCCCUGGGUUAUUGAUUUUGGGGUGAAUUUUGGGGUGUCUCCAGGUGCUGUGGGCAGCCCCACUGUCCUGGCUGCGCUGGGCAGUGCUGGCCCUGCUGGCCCUGCCCUCGGCCGUCGCUCUGGCCGUCACCUUCUGGCCCCCCCUGAGGACCGGUGGCCGCGGGCCAGCGCUGGCCGGGGGGGCC